AUGUGGGGCUCCGUGGCAGUUGUCUGGGCCGUCUGGCUGGCUUGUAUUCAGCCUGCUGUGUUCCCAUGGAUCCUCCCCUUCGGGUCAAACAAGGACAGGCCUCGCCCGGCACACGGAGCUCUGACAGGGAAGGUCGAGUGCUUCUCAGACUACAUGACCCUGCAGGUCCCGAGGAGCCACGUGCAGGGUUUGAGACAGUGGCUGGCAUGGGUCCUGCACCCGCCGGGCACCACGAGGGCCCCUAGCCACCUGGAUUCUCUUCUUACCAAAUGUGGUUUCCUCUUGCGUCCUGCUCAGGAGGGCAGCUUCAUCUUCCGAGCUCUGUACUCGGGCUGCUUUGUGCAGAAAGAGAAAGCAAAUUACAGGUUGGAAAUCAGAAUGUUUCAAAAAGGGACAAAAAGGUUGAAGCAGAGUGAUCUCUGCAUAAUGAAGUGUCCCGUGAUCACGUCCAGGCUGAGUGAACAGAGGGUCCGCUGCCACCCCUCAUUCAUUCAGGUCUCUAGGCCCUUGCCUCCAAGGAUCCACGGUGGACAGACCCCAUGGAUGCUGUCCCUUCGAGGGGAGCUGGUGGCUUCUCUGGAAGACGCCAGCUUGAUGGGAUUAGAUGUGGACAUUGGUGCCACCACGGUCACCGUCCAAAGCCCACGACAAGAACUUCUUCAGAGACAAGAGGUAUGGAACACUUCCUUGGAGCUCCUGCCACUCUGGCUGGUGAGCGGUUCCUAUGCCUACUCCCUCAAGGCUGCGUGCCCACUGGUGUCAUCCCAGCCAGGGUCAGAGGUCUCAGUUUACAUCCCCAAGCAGAGACUGGGUCUGGUUAGGAGAGGACUCCGUGUGGAAGAGUCCCUGAGCCCCAGGUUCCUGCGGGUGCACCAGUCCAACACCUUCACGGUGACCGAGGACAGAGACUUUGUGGUCGUCAGCAUCCCAGCCGGGCUGCUACUCCCGGACCAGCCAUGCCCAGAUGCCAGAGAAUCCCCAGGGACACAAGCGUUCUACAGGGUGGACCUGAGCCUGGCCUUUGCGGAGAUGGUCUCCCCAGUACACUGGAGAGUGGAGAACUUUUUCCAGUGUGUGGGGUCAAGAGAAGAGUCACUUGUCUCAACAGCUACACCGAGGGCGAUUCAACCCACCCUGUCCCCUGGAUGGGAGACUGUUUCAGCAGAACUGCCGCCGCCUGCUGCCUCUCCCCAGUUCCAGAUCCCGCGAGUGGCUGCUCAGGAUGAGCCCCUUCGGCGUUUUGUGCACCAGUCGGCUAAAGAAACCACCGAGCUGGAACCAGCAGCGCCGUUCAUGCAAACGGCUCCACUGGAAGGAGGAAGCUGGAUGUCCACUGCUUCCUUUUCCACCAGUGCAAGGCAAGAGCAUCAUGGUCCUCAGAUUCCUCCAAAAAAGGCAGAUUUAAUUCCACAUCUCUGGGCUCCAGCUACACUCUCCUCAGAGCACAGGGAUGCUUCCCAGGCCGGCCCCAGACCUUCACAGGCGGUCUUCCUGUCUCGCGCUUCCAUGACCACACAUUUGUCUUCAGAAGCCCCCUCUCCUCUGUGGCCUUCUUGGCGAUCCGAUGGGCCCCGAAUGCUGCUGGAUUCUGAACCAUCUGUUCCCCUAACCGAAGUUCCAAGAGUCAUGACGACUGAGAAGGACCCUGCACAGCCAUCAGGCAGUCUCUUCCCACUGGAACAAUUGUCGAGAGAGACUGUGAAAUCAACAGAGUCUGUGGAUCCCACCCCAAGGGAUCCUGCCCACAUCAGCGAGGAAUUCCCACCAUUGACGAGGCCCUUCAGGAGCCGCCUCGAUGAAGAGGGGUUGAUUUUCUACCGUGCUCCUAGAAGGCCUCAGGAGAUACUACCAAUAAUCAAGGCUGAGGAGCCACUGCAGAAUGAACAAGAUCCAUCUGGAGAAGGGGUCAGAGGGUACCUGGAUCUGUCAACCUCAAAACCAAGUCAGGGUACAGAAGGGCUGGGACUCAUUGUCUUGCCCGGGACUGAUGUCAUAUUCACCACCCGGAGAGCGAGACAGUCAGAUGCCAGUGCCCACCUGGAGACCUCCAGUCCAGAGCUCCCCGAGAGGCACAGUGUGGGCCCAGCAGAUCCUCAGACAGUACUUCCCAGGGACCCUCUGACUGCUACCUUUGAGAAGCCUGCAACCCCUUCUGAAAGUGCAGACAGGACCCUACAGCUUGAGUCAGCUCCAACAUGGCCCGAGACCUGGCCACCCAUACACAGCCAGCCCCCUGCCUCCACACACCCAAAGCCUUCUGGCUCCCCCAGAAAGCAGAUUGCUCCGCUCCAGUGAAGCUGGAAUCCCCUCCCUGGUGGUCAGGAGUCAAUGGAGGCCAGGUUGGCCCCCCACCCCUGAGAGCCAUCAGCUUCCUGAGCUUUAGUGCGCGCGCGUGUG